AUGAAUUUCCAGCUGAGACUAUUGUGUUCUAGAUCAGCAGACACGUGUAAGCGUCAUAUCAAAUUCACUUCUGUAAAGAAUGGGUAUUUGCUUGAGGGUCACGUGAUCAAGAAACUUACUCUACCACUGGAUGUACGUAAUCCCUGCAGAAGUCAAUGUGUUUUGGAGAGUCGCUGCGUGUCAAUCAACAUCGGCGCACCGAUAAACGACAAAGUGAUUUGCGAGCUGAGCGACUCGGAUCACUCUUUACAUCCUGAACACCUUAAACCACGAGCGGGCUUUACCUUUAUUAGCACUGAGAAUGCGUGCUCCAGUAGUCCCUGCUUUCAUAAUGGAACCUGCCUGAAUGGAUUUACAGUCAAGGGAUAUCUUUGCAUCUGUCCAAGAUACUUUAACGGAGAAAACUGCAAAUUAGAUCCACCAGGGACUUGCAAGGAACUCCUGGAGAAUAACUUGCCUGAAGGUAACAAAGCUUAUCCCCUAAAGCUGGCAUCAACAACAAUUCCUGUUUAUUGUCACGUGACUGAUGACCUCGGCUCAUGCGGUUGUGGUGGAUGGACGCUGGUCAUGAAGAUAAACGGUAGCAAGGUAGCACUAGAAAACAGUAAUUAUAGGUUUCUGACUUUUUAUUUUCAUGAGGCUUUCGGAGAAAUUUUCAUUUAAAUACAAGGGUCAACCCAGAUUUAAAGAUUCUUUUCAAGUAAUGUUAUGUUGUCUUGUUAUUAAGCGUUAUUAUGUGUAACAAGACAGUUUUUUUUUUUCCCACUUGAUGCAGACGUUUCACAGGUGAUUGAAUUACUGAAAUAAAAUUGGUAUUGACCAAAUAUUGAGCAUGUAGUGGCAUUUUGUGCCACUUAAAUGGGAGUGAAUUGUACGGAGUUAAGUCAAGUGCUGUUGCUGUUUUGAAUCUUGUGCGUAACUCGUUGCUGGGCUUGUUGAAGUGGAGUUCACAAAACAAAUAACACGGCGAGUAAAUCGUUUGACAGUAUUUCUAAUUCCUAGAUCUGUACAGU